UUCGAAGUAGCUACAUAACCUUGAAAUCAUAAUAAUAACAAAAGCGUCGCGACUGAGUUUUGUUAUCAAAUAUUACGUGUGCUAUACCCCGUUCCCGAAAACUAACUGUUUUGUUGUGAUGUGGAAAACGUGAUUUUAUUUAUAAUUUUUAAAGGAUGGGCGACAUUAGAGCCGGCCUCGAAGAAUUAAAACUCGACGGGGCUCUAUUCGCCGAUGUUAAAUACUACGUCAGCGGCGAAGGUGAUCCUAAGAUUUUAAAUUUACUACAAGAAGGAGGUGCAGAAAGAUCAAAUUAUUUUAGUGAUUUUGUAACACAUUUAAUAGCAGGCUAUGAUGCGUUGGAAAAUGAUAUAUCUGCUGCAAAGGAUAUCUAUGAGAUACCAGCAGUUACACAGAACUGGAUUUUAUAUUCUGUCAAAUGCAAUAAACUUCUGCCGCCUCAUUAUUUUUCACCUGAAGAUACACAGUUAUUUUCAAAUGUUCGAGCAUGUAUAUCUCAAGUAAGCCGUGCAGAUAGUAAAAGUCUUUGGGCAAUGAUUACACUUCAAGGUGGUAAAUGUCAAUUACGUUUAGAUCGAUAUUGUACUCAUUUAAUUACUGGAAAGGCUGCUGGACUAAAAUAUGAAACUGCAAUGAGGCAUCCUAUUCAAAUUGUAACUCCAGAUUGGGUAACAGAAUGUUGUAAAAAAGGAGCUAUUAUAAGUGAGGUAGAAUAUCAUCCAAGACUUUUAAUAUAUCCAAAUAGUUCUACAGCUAUGAUUACUGGUUUUAUGGAUGAAGAUACUGAAAACAAUACUACUCAAGAGGAACAAGAUAGAACUAAAGCUAUGUUGGAACAACUCAAACAACGUAUGCCUUGGAAUCAACCAAGUCCACCAGUAUCUUCCAAUACUUCACAUAAUAUAAAUACAGCUAAUGUAACUGUAACAACAAUAUCUUACACAACAAAUGGUCAAAGUAAUGUUAAUACACAACAACAUCUUCCACGACCAAUUCCUGCUACAAGUUUAUCUAAUACUUCCACAAUUGCAUCUUCUGUUUCUGAUCAAAAUGUUACACAAACUAACUGGUUACCACAAGCUUCUCAACAAAAUAAUGUUGUUCAAAUAAAAUCUGUACCAUCGCAAAUCCAGCAAUCAGAACUAUCCCCACAGCAACAGCAGCAACAACAACAAAUGAAUAUGCAACAUACAUUAUUACAACAGCAACAAUUAAAUCAACAACAGCAACAAUUAUCUCAACAACUUACACAUCAACAAUAUACCCAACAGCAAAUAUUAAAUCAACAACAAUCUCCACAAUUAACAUCUCAACAACAGCAAUUAAUAGGAACACAACAGCAGUCACUUGCGCAACCACAAAUGAUGCCACAACAGCAACAGCAACAAAUUAAUUCUCAACUACCUCAACAUCAGAUGUCAUCAUCUCAGCAAUUAUUAACCCAACAACAAAAACAGUUAAAUCAACAUCAAAUUCUUUCACAACAACAAAUGAAUCAACAACAACAUUUAUCACAACAGCAACAAAUUACUUCUCAACAACAAUUAGUCCAACAACAACAAGUACAAUUGACACCUCAACAACAACAACAAAUAGUUUUGCAGCAACAACAGCAACAAAUUUCUACUCAACAACAACAAAUUGGAACACCACAGCAUCAAUUAAAUCAACAACAAACUCCACCACAGCAACUUACAUCUGAACAACGACAACUUAUACUUUUGCAACAACAACAACAACAACAAAAAAUUCAACAAAUUUCUCAACAAUUACAACAAUCUGCGCCUCAAGGUUCGCAACAAUUUGUUAUAAGGGAUGGUCAAUUACAGCAACAACCUCAAAAUCAGCAAUUAAUGGGUCCUAAUCAACAAAGCUUUAUUGUUCAAAGAGAUUCUCAAUGGCAACAGCAACAAUAUCAUUUACAACUGCAAAGGCAACAACAACAACAAAUUGGCCCACAAAGACCAAGUGGACAAUGGGCUCAACAACCACCACAACCUCCAAGACAAUUAAUCCAAUUAGAUGCUCAAACUCAUCAACAGUUACAACAAAUGGAUCCACAGCAAAGAGCUCAAUUUAUUCAAAAGAUUCAGAAACAAAGAAAUUUACUAUUACAAAGGCAAAUGCAAAAUCGUCAAGCUCAACAAGGUGCGCAUAUCGCCGUUAUAAGAAGUCCAGGAAAGCCAGUUCAACCUGGUGGUUUGCAGUGGAUUCAGCAACCGCGUCCUCAAAUGAUAGGACCUCAAAUUGCCCAAACUCCUGGUCAAAAACCAGUUCAUUCAGGAGUUCAACCACCUGCUUUAACGCCGAUUAAUUCUUCUAAUCAAGUGAUUGUGCAAGCCGGUCAAAAUGUGCAAGGUCCACAAACUGGUCAACCUGGUCAAACCUUUCAGCAAGGUCAACCUUUGACACCUCAACACAUAGCACAAUUACACAUGCAAAAGCAGCAACAAAUGGCAAGGCUGCAACAACUGCAGCAUCUACAGCAGCAGCAGCAACAACAACAGCAACAACAGGGUGCACAACAAGAGCCUUCUUUGACCUCGUUAUCGAAUAACCAAAUACCACCGGAUCAACAAUUGGUCGUUAAUGCAAAAACGAAAACUGCUCUGGCGAACAUGUUGACGAACAGAUUGCAAGGUAGUGCUGCUGAAGGUAGUGCAGCUGGUCAACUCAGAUUAAUGACCGCUCAACACAGACCACCGCCACCGCCGUCUCAGGAUCCACAACUCCUGGCGGCAUACCAGCGGAGAACCGUUGGGAAUAUCACAAAUGGAGCGCCGCCCGGCGCACCGAUAAAGAUGCAAUACGCUCCGGUGAUGCCUCAAGCGAAAGCUCAGUUCUAUGGUCACAAUCCAAAUCUGAAACUGCCACCAGAUCUAUUUUUGCUAGGUUGUAUCUUUGUUAUCGUCGAAUAUGACGUCCAACGUCCAAACGAUGUUUCCGUUUGGAAACAAGUGAUUGAGAGACACGGAGGAGAGGUAGAACCACAAUAUUGCACUCGAGCCACGCACGUACUUGCAAUCACCCAAAAACAUCCAACAGUAGUGCAAGCGCUACGCGAAGGGAAACGUUGUGUUAGUGCUCAUUGGCUAUCGGAUGUUGUCACUAAACAACAGGUACUACCGCCUUGGCAUGCGUUGCAUUUUCCAACGCCAUUCAGCUUGACAGAACUUCCAUGCGCCAAACAAAUUGUAUCGUUGUCUGGAUUUGAAGGAGAGGAACGUGCGAAAGUGAAAUAUAUGCUAGAAGCAUUGGGAGCUAAAGUUACCAAUUAUUUUACCAGACAUAAUACUCUCCUCGUUUGCAGAAGACCUGACGGUCAAAAAUAUAAGAAAGCUCGAGAAUGGCAAACUGGAGUGGUGAAUGCUCAAUGGUUGACAGACUUAUUAUGUGGCCAAAUGAACGCACUUCAUCAAACUGAAAAUCCGAAAUAUCAACAAUACAGCUUAAGCAAUCCUUUUAGAUUGGAUUAUUCGUUAGUGCCUCAUUUAAUGGCUGCAUGGAAGAUGCCAAUAAACAUUACUCAGGAAUCAUACGAUAAAGUAAAACAGGUUGGUCAGGGUCCAAAUUCGAUAAGAAAGUAUAAGAAGCCGCGAUUAGAUGGUCCAUUAUUGAAUAAAGACCCACAUUUGUUGGGCUUGGAUGAACCAAUAGUUGUUAGUAAUCCCGAUCCUCCACCUCCGGAUAAACAACCGAGAAUAUUAUUCUCCGGUAUAAAUCCUAGGAAACAUGCAAAGAGAAUUCGAGAAUUAGGUGGUGCAUUAGCAGCUAGUUGGCGAGACGCGACUCAUCUUGUGAUGUCAGCACCAAUAAGAACUGUAAAAUUGUUAUGUUGCUUAUCACGUUGUAAAUAUAUUGUCACGUUACAGUGGUUACUCGAUUGUUCUGCGAGGAACACAUUUUUAGAUGAAAAUGGAUAUAUUCUUGGGGAUUCAGAAUUUGAAAAAAAUUUUAAUUGUAAUAUUGAAAAAGCUUUAGCAAGUCCUAACAGGGGAACAGUACUUAAGGGUAAAAUAUUUUAUGUUACACCAAGUGUAAUACCAUCUCCAUCAGCUAUCGCAGAAAUAAUUGAAAGUGCGGGUGGAACGAUGGAGAAAGCACGAAGAUCUUUGGUACAGAUCCAAGAAAUGAAUAGUAAUAAAUUAACUUAUAUCAUCGUCACUCAUGAAAACGAUCUUCAUCUUCUUACCGAUGUUUUACGUGCAAAUAUAAGUGUGUUCAGUGCAGAAAUCGUGUUAGGAGCAGUUGCACGACAAUACUUCCAAACUGAACAAAUCUAAAUAUAGCACUGUUUUCAAUGUGCUGUAUUAUAAUUCCUGAUGAGAGCUUACUAAAUUCUUAGUGAGCUAUUUUGGAGAUGAAAAUUUUUGCUUACCUUCUUCAAUGGGACAAUAAAGAACAUAAUUUUAUCAUACAGGAGGAACUAUUUUCACUGAAAACAUUCCAAAACCUCUCCUUUCAUGCUUCGUUUCUGAAAAUAGUAUAUUUUAUAUAGCAUUUCAAUAUAAAUCAUUUGAUAGACUUGUUUUUUAACGUAAAAAUGUAUUGUUCAUUUAUAGUUAAGAAGUAUUAUUUUAAUUAGCAUUUUGUAGUUAUUUUUUCCACGAUAGUCUUUAUCUCUCUUUACGCGCAUAUGCUUCCCAUCUUUUUGUCGCAUAUACAAUAUACACAUAUCAUUCUAAUUUGUAUCGUUGUACACUUAUUUUCUUCUAUUCUAUAUGUUUCGCUUAUCACUGUCUUUAUAUGAUAAGAAAUGAGUUAUGUGUAAGAGUGUACGAUUGAAAAUAAAUAGAAAUAUGUAUUAUUGUGUUCUAA